AAAUUAAUGUAGCAGCAUAAAUGGUACGCUGCCACUUUAAGAUCAAUUUCGGCUGCUGCUUAUAAGCAGGUGUCUACCUGCCACAAGACUACUUGCGUCAUGACGUAAACUCAUUCUGCUUAGUUUGUUUGCUGUGCUGUGCUGGCCUCCCUUGCUGUGCCUCCAACUCCUGGACCAAUUUGUUCGGUUGUUUGUUUGCUGCCGGGAAGCUGCGCUCCAUAGGUGACCUUGUGGAUCUGUUAAUCUGGCCGUGUGGUAAUUUACAGCCCCCUGCCGAGUCCCUGACGACUAUUAAAUUUGGACGUACACUCGCUGCUGUUUUGCCUACGAUUAAUUGUUUUAAAAGAUUUGUAUGAACUUUCCCCCGCUGCCGGGAGUAUUGAUGGCACUACGACCGGGAUAAAAAGCAAUAUUGUAGUGCUAUUGUAUCACUGUUUUACUUAUAUUGUUUCAUUUUUUGUCUUUCUUUUAGGGACUGAGGCUUCUGUGGUGGCGGUGGUGACCCCUGGUGGCGGUGUCUUGUCUUGUGUGUUUUGUUGGAACACCCCUUUUUUUGUGUGCGUGUUUGCCGUGUCUUUGUAGUGUCCAGGGUGAUCCCUUUUCUUCACUGGAUGUUGCCCCUUUUCUCACUACUCUCCCCCCACUGGCAAAACAGCAGCGAGCCUAUCUAAUCACAAAGGAUCCAGGUCAUGGAGGAGGAGGAGAUCCAAGAAAUGCUGGACUUGAUUGCCCAAUUGAAAGCAGACAACGAGCGAUUACGACAGGAACAGUCACGCUCGGCCCCAGGUACUUCUACUGCCCCUUCUACUUCGAGCACAUCUCAGAGUGCUUUGCCUGCCUUGGGUCCCCCUGUGUCAGAGAGGUUGGUGUUUGUGCCUCGUGACAGGAAAUGUCCAAUGUUCAGGGGAAGAUCAGGAAUAGGGUUAAAUGAGUGGUUGGAGGAGGCUGAGGCCUGUAUGAGGGCACGUCACUUAUCACCUGUUGAUCAGGCUUUUUACUUGUAUGAUCAUCUGGAGGGUGAGGCACGAGAGGAACUUAGACACCGUCCUAGUGCUGAACGGACUGAUCCAGCUUGCAUUAUUAGAGUGCUAAAAGAGGUAUAUGGUUGUACUGAUUCCUAUGUCUCAUUGCAAGAGGCUUUCUUUUCUAGAAAGCAGCAGGAGGGUGAAACCCUUCAAGAAUUUUCCCUUGCACUAAUGGGAUUAAUGGAGAAGGUUAAAGCUUGUGCACCCACUAGCAUGGUUAAUGCUGCUGUAUUGUUGAGGGAUCAGUUUGUGGAGCAUGUUUUAGAUGGUCCACUGCGGCGUGCAUUGAAACAGUUUGUACGGGAGAAACCUGCAGCUACUUUACUUGAUGUCAGGGCUGAAGCUAUUAGGUGGGAACGGGAGGGAUCAUCAGGUGGUAGUAGGGCUCGGAGUCUUUCAGUUCCAUCACUUGGAUUUCAAUAUGCUGUCCAUGGCACUUCUCAGAUUAGUCCAAGGGAUCAGGGGUCAGAAUUGAGGUCACUGCAUGAUAUGUUGGCACGUCAACAAGAGCAAUUAAAUCAACUCACUCAGAGCAUUGCCUCUCUUAGUCAAACUCACCAACAGGGUCGUCCCCCUCGUAAUGUCCCUAUAGUCUGUAGACGGUGCCAACAGCCAGGUCAUUAUGCUAGGGAAUGUGAUGGUGUACGUGUCCCUUCCCGUUUUCACACUCGAGGCCCUCAGCAGCCCUCGAGUUCCCUGCCUCAUAAUUCUGCGGUCUCGGAAAACUAGUUCCCACUGAAUUGUUGAGCCGCAGUUCGGGUGGGACCACUAUUGGCUCAGUCACAGCACCAUAUAAUGGUA